CGUUCCGGAGCCCGGCCCGGGUGCGUACAGGGGCCCCGCCUCCCCGCAGAGUCCCCGGCGCCCGGAGGUGCGUGGGGCUCCGGUCCACUGGGCCGGUGGGCUGGGGUCUCGCCACCGGCCGGACUGAGCACCGGCUGGUCCUCGGCGAUCUCGCCGGCUCCACUGGCCCGGGAGGCGGAGGAACUGCGAGAGCAGCCGGGGCGGCUCAGCGGGCGACAGAGCCCCAGCCCCUGCCCGGUGCGCGGGAGCCGUCCCGCUCUCGGGUGAGCGCUGCGUGGGGCGCGCAUCCUCCCGCGGUCCCUCCCGAGCGAGGUGUACGCGGACUCCCAGCCGGCAGCCGCCCGGGCGGGAGAGCGGGGUGCGACCCGCCGUGGGAACUCUAACUUUGUCGGCAGGGAUCGGGCGGGCGGGGUGCGGGGGCCCGGGGCGAGCUUCUCCGCCCCCCGCGCUCGCCUCCCGCUCCCCGGCCGCCCCUCCCCGCCUCCCCCGGCUCCGCGCGCCGAGCAUCCUCACUCCGCCCAGUUGCGUGCCAGCUGCGUGGGCUCCGGCUUCGUGCGUUUUCCUCGGAAUGCUCCCAAACUCGGCGGCGCCUGAGGAAAUGCCCGAGCCAGUGGCCGGGCGACCUCGCAGCCCGCGUGGCCGCCACGCCGCCCGCGCCCGGAUCUGAUCGCUCUUCACCCGGAGGACGGCAACUUUCCAGAGGGGAGGAAAUAGCAUGGCAUGAAACAUGGCUCAGUUCUAUUACAAAAGAAAUGUCAAUACUCCCUACAGAGAUCGAAUUCCUCUGAGGAUAGUUCGAGCUGAAUCGGAACUCUCACCAUCAGAAAAAGCCUACUUGAACGCUGUGGAAAAGGGAGAUUAUGCAAGUGUCAAGAAAUCCCUAGAGGAAGCUGAGAUUUAUUUUAAAAUCAAUAUUAAUUGCAUUGAUCCUCUUGGAAGAACUGCUCUCCUCAUCGCGAUUGAAAACGAGAACUUGGAGCUCAUUGAACUGCUCUUGAGCUUUAACGUGUAUGUCGGAGAUGCCCUGUUGCACGCCAUCAGGAAGGAAGUGGUCGGAGCCGUUGAGCUGCUGCUGAACCACAAAAAGCCCAGUGGAGAAAAACAGGUGCCCCCCAUCCUCCUCGACAAGCAGUUCUCCGAGUUCACGCCCGACAUCACGCCCAUCAUCCUGGCGGCGCACACCAACAACUACGAGAUCAUCAAGCUGCUGGUGCAGAAGGGCGUGUCGGUGCCGCGGCCGCACGAGGUGCGCUGCAACUGCGUGGAGUGCGUGUCCAGCUCGGACGUGGACAGCCUGCGGCACUCGCGCUCCAGGCUCAACAUCUACAAGGCGCUGGCCAGCCCCUCGCUCAUCGCGCUGUCCAGCGAGGACCCCUUCCUCACGGCCUUCCAGCUCAGCUGGGAGCUGCAGGAGCUCAGCAAGGUGGAGAACGAGUUCAAGGCCGAGUACGAGGAGCUGUCGCGCCAGUGCAAGCAGUUCGCCAAGGACCUGCUGGACCAGACGCGCAGCUCGCGCGAGCUGGAGAUCAUCCUCAACUACCGCGACGACAGCAGCCUCAUCGAGGAGCAGGGCGGCAACGACCUGGCCCGGCUGAAGCUGGCCAUCAAGUACCGCCAGAAGGAGUUCGUCGCCCAGCCCAAUUGCCAACAGCUGCUUGCGUCUCGCUGGUACGACGAGUUCCCAGGCUGGAGGAGAAGACACUGGGCAGUGAAGAUGGUGACGUGCUUCAUCGUAGGCCUUCUUUUCCCUGUCUUCUCGGUGUGCUACCUGAUAGCCCCUAAGAGCCCGCUCGGGCUCUUCAUCAGGAAGCCCUUUAUCAAGUUCAUCUGCCACACGGCAUCCUAUCUGACGUUUCUGUUCCUGCUGCUGCUUGCCUCGCAGCACAUCGACAGGUCAGACUUGAACAGACAAGGACCUCCACCAACCAUCGUCGAGUGGAUGAUAUUACCGUGGGUCCUGGGUUUUAUAUGGGGAGAAAUUAAGCAAAUGUGGGAUGGUGGACUGCAAGAUUACAUCCACGAUUGGUGGAACCUAAUGGAUUUUGUGAUGAACUCCUUAUAUUUAGCAACGAUCUCCUUGAAAAUUGUUGCUUUUGUAAAGUACAGUGCUCUCAACCCCCGCGAGUCCUGGGACAUGUGGCACCCCACGCUGGUGGCAGAGGCUCUCUUCGCCAUCGCAAACAUCUUCAGCUCGCUGCGCCUGAUCUCGCUGUUCACCGCCAACUCUCACCUGGGGCCCCUGCAGAUCUCCCUGGGAAGGAUGCUCUUGGACAUCUUGAAGUUUCUGUUCAUCUACUGCCUCGUGCUGCUGGCGUUUGCAAACGGCCUGAAUCAACUGUACUUCUAUUACGAAGAAACGAAGGGGUUAAACUGCAAAGGCAUACGGUGCGAAAAGCAGAACAACGCGUUCUCAACGUUGUUUGAGACACUCCAGUCCCUGUUUUGGUCAAUCUUCGGGCUCAUCAACUUAUAUGUGACCAACGUCAACGCCGAGCAUGAGUUCACCGAGUUUGUCGGCGCCACCAUGUUUGGGACGUAUAACGUCAUCUCCCUGGUGGUUCUGCUCAACAUGCUGAUAGCCAUGAUGAACAAUUCUUACCAACUGAUUGCUGACCACGCGGACAUUGAGUGGAAAUUCGCCCGCACGAAGCUCUGGAUGAGUUAUUUUGAAGAAGGAGGCACCCUGCCCACCCCCUUCAAUGUCAUCCCGAGCCCCAAGUCUCUGUGGUACCUCGUCAAGUGGAUGUGGACCCACCUGUGCAAGAAGAAGAUGAGAAAGCCGGAGAGCUUCGGGACGAUCGGGAGGCGAGCUGCUGAUAAUUUGAGAAGACAUCAUCAAUACCAAGAGGUCAUGAGGAACCUGGUGAAGCGAUACGUGGCUGCAAUGAUCAGAGACGCUAAAACUGAAGAAGGCCUCACAGAGGAGAACUUUAAGGAGCUGAAACAAGACAUUUCGAGUUUCCGUUUUGAAGUUCUGGGAUUGCUGAGAGGAACCAAACUUUCUACCAUACAGUCCGCUAAUGCGACAAAGGAGUCUUCUAAUUCAGCAGACUCGGACGAAAAGAGCGACAACGAGGGGAGUUGCAAGGACAGGAAAAAGAAUUUCAGCCUUUUUGAUUUAACGACUCUGAUUCAUCCAAGAUCAGCCGCGAUCGCCGCCGAGAGACAGAACAUGAGCAACGGCUCGGCUCUGGUGGCACGGGAGCCCCCGAGGGAGAAGCAGAGGAAGGUGAACUUCGUGACCGAUCUCAAAAACUUCGGGCUGUUUCACAGACGGUCCAAACCAAACGCUGCCCAGCCGGGCGCACACCAGAUCUUCUCCGUCUCCGAAGGAGUUGCCCGUCGGCAGGUGCAGACACCACGGGAGAGAAGCUUCCUCCUGGAAUGCCGGGGGCUGGUGUCCAGGGGGGACCCGGGCAUCCCAGGGCUCCGCGAGCAGUGCCGACUGGUCAACCGCCGAGAAAGGAGCCCCGACGCGCUGGGUGCCCAGGUGGGCAGGAGGGAGUGCCCUUUCCCGUCGGAGAAGGUGGUGGUCGAGGACACCGUUCCCAUCAUCCCGAAGGAGAAAUACGCCAAGGAAGAGGAUUCUGGCACCAACUAUGAGUCAAACCUCACAGAGACCGUCUCCCGCGAGGACUACGUGACCACAAGGUUGUGAUGCUUGCAGAAGGGAGCCUGCCAUCAUAGACGUGCUUUCCAUCGUGCUCCAGGUGGGGGGAAGUGUUUAAAAUUAAAGUAGCCAAUGCUAACGUACACUUUAUGGCGUUUAUCAACUGUGGCAUAUUGACUUGUAACAUGUUUAAAUGAGGAAACGGCUAUCAAAAACCCUUCUGUUUUGUAGCCUGCUUUUGCUUUCACAAAUUGUUUUACAAUUUUUUUGGUUAAUAAAUUAAUGCACCUUGUAUUCUUGUACUGUUGCAAUAACCCACAGAAGAUUUUUAGCUAUCUUUUUCAAUUAAAGCCAAGGCAAUUUAUUCCAUGUGGUAGUUGACUCUGAUAAUAGAUAUUUUUAUAUGCAGAAACAAUGUAGUUGAACUAUUGGAGCUUUCCAUAAUUUUUUAGGGUCCAUAGAGAUGGUUACUUACCAAGGACUUUUCACAUGGGCAUUAUACAGUUUUUAUUUAAAACACAAAUAUUUACCAAUUUAUUUCUUAACAAUAUGUAAGUAAUUAGAGCAUACAGUUAAAGCAAGCAAGCCCUCUUCUCAUGUAGUGUGAUAAACCCCAUCUUAAGAUGAGUCAGGUAGGCUUUGUAGAAUUUUAGGUUGUCCCUGUAUUUCCUUUCAGUUAGUAAAGAAAUUUUGAUGACUGAUGAUUUUUUAAUGACAUUUUGUCAGAAAGCAAGUUUUGAAAAAAAAAACAAACAACAAAAAGCCCAAAUUACCUAUUUCAAGUCUGACUGUUGAUCAGUAUAAACAUGAACUUUUAUAGAAU